AUGGCUGAUGCUAAGCCUAUUUCUAGUCCGACAGAACUUGGAUCACGACUAAUUCUUUCUGGUGAUGCUCAUUUAUAUCGUAGUGUCGUUGGUGCUCUUCAAUAUAUUACAAUCACUAGGCCGGAAAUAUCUUACGCAGUCAAUCGAGUAUGCCAAUUUAUGCAAUCACCCACUAUUGCUCAUUGGUCAGCUGUCAAACGCAUACUUCGAUAUCUAAAAGGAUUAAUUCAUGAUGGCCUCUUCCUACGACCUAUGUCUGAUUCUAGUCUUGUGGCCUUUUCGAAUGCUGGUUGGAUCUCUGAUCUUGAUGAUAGUCGCUCCCAACAUGACUUUGCACUAUUCUAUGGCCGUAACUUAAUCAGUUGGUCUUCGCGGAAACAAAAGGUUGUCGCAUUUGCAAUUACUGACUUAAUUUGGGUCCAACAAUUUAUCAGUAAACUACAUGCUCCUCUCGCUGCACCUCCCAUAGUCCUUUGUGAUAAUCUUAGUGCACAACUUUUAUCUUAG